AUGGAGUAUCGCAAUCUGGGUCGCACGGGGCUCAAGGUGUCGGUGUUCAGCUUCGGUUCGUGGGUUACGUUCGGUAACCAGGUGGACGUGGAGUUAGCGAAGCGGCUGCUGCGGCGGUGCUACGAGGCGGGCGUGAACUUCUUCGACAACGCGGAGGUGUACGCCAACGGCAAGGCGGAGGAGAUCUUCGGCCAGGCCGUGCGCGAGCUCGGAUGGCGCCGCUCCGAGAUCGUCGUCUCCACCAAGAUCUUCUGGGGCGGCCAGGGCGUGAACGAGAAGGGGCUGUCGCGGAAGCACAUAGUGGAGGGCGUGCGCGCGUCGCUGCGGCGGCUGGGCAUGGAGUACGUGGACCUGCUCUACUGCCACCGCCCGGACGCCUCCACUCCCAUUGAAGAGACCGUGCGCGCCAUGAACCACGUCAUUGAUAAGGGGUGGGCGUUCUACUGGGGCACGAGUGAGUGGAGCGCGGUGCAGAUCACGGAGGCGUGUGAGGUGGCGCGGCGGCUGAACCUCAUCGGGCCCGCCAUGGAGCAGCCCGAGUACAACCUCAUUGCCCGGGAGAAGGUGGAGAAGGAGUUCCUGCCGCUGUACGAGCCGUACGGGCUGGGGCUCACCACGUGGUCGCCGCUGGCGUCGGGUGUGCUGACGGGGAAGUACGCACGCGGCCACAUCCCCCCCGACUCCCGCUUCGCCCUCGCCAAUUACAAGCACCUGGCGACGCGCAAGCUGGUGGAGGAGGUGUUGGACAAGGUGGGGGCGCUGCAGGCGGUGGCGGGCGAGCUGCAGUGCACCGUGGCGCAGCUCAGCCUCGCCUGGUGCGCCAAGAACCCCCACGUCUCCUCCGUCAUCACCGGCUCCACCAAGGAGUCCCAGAUAGAGGAGAACAUGAAGGCAUUUGAGGUGAUGCCGAAGCUGACCCCCGCAGUCAUGGAGCGGAUAGAUGCCAUCAUGCGCAACAAGCCCAAGCUGCCCGACUCCUUCCGCUAG